AUGAGCAGUAAUAAGAAAAUCACUAUCAAGAUCAAUGAUUUCUCUGUCCUCAAGACUAAUAAUAAUAAUGCAUCUGAGAAUAAGCAGACCUUGGGAAAAAUGUCAAAAGAUAAUUUAGAAUAUGAUAAGAAGAAUAAUAUAAUGAUUGGUUAA